AUGAUAUGGCGUGACGUCUCGGAACUUCCCGUCCAAAAGCAUACAUUUUGUAGGACUUCUACGGAACUAACAGCUUCUGGGGAUUUUUACUUCUUCAAAUCACAAGGUCUCGGGCAAUUGAGGUAUUAUACUUAUUCCACAUCCGCUAUUUUAAUGCAGACUCGUUUACCCUUCACUUUCCGUUCAGUCGUUGAGUCAUUCCUCCGUGUUCCCCGCCAACCCCGCCAACUUCGAUAUUCCUCAACCAACCACCCCAGCAAUCACAUACCAACAAUGGAUCAAAACGAACACCAGACAGACGCUCGGCGUCCAAAGAAGCUAAUCUUCGCACCCGGCGACAUCGCACCAACCUCCGAGGAGGCCACCCCAGAACCCCAACCACAAGCAGCUCCCGCGACGAUCGCCGAGGCCCGGCGCGCCUCAACCUCAAUCUCAACCCCAAACUCGACCACCGAAACCGAAGUCCUCUCGAACGCCGCGCGCGCCCACCAGUUCGGCACAAACCCACCUCUAACCAUCUCGCAAAUCCACGGCACAAACCCACUCCACCAAUUCAACACCUGGUUCCGGGACCCACGACUCCCCGCGUCCUCCGCCCCAGAAACAUGCACGCUAUCAACCGCCUCGAUGCCCUCGGGCCGCGUCAGCGCCCGCGUCGUCUACCUAAAAGAACUCGACGAGCGCGGCUGGGUCGUCUACAGCAACUGGGGUAGUCGGGAAGGUAAAGGCGGGCAAGUCUUCGGGCUUGGCGAUAGCGCCGAUACACUCGGCGCCAUGCCGGAGCCUACUACCAUCACCUCUGAGGUUGGGACAGGAAAUAAAUGGGGCGCUUUGACAUUCAGCUGGUCGAAUGUUGAGCGCCAGGUCCGUGUUGAGGGACUGCUUGAGCCGCUUAGUCGUGAAGAGAGCGAGCUGUAUUGGCGGACGCGCGAGCGCGGGAGUCGGAUUGGUGGAUGGGCGAGUUGGCAGAGUCGGGUUUUGUGGUCUGCGGAGCCGGAGCAGAUGGAGGAGAAUCAGCGACGGAAGAGUGUAGCGAAGUUGCAGGGGGCGUUUGAUGGGGGUUCGGUUGUUCCAGCGGAUAUUGAUCAGACAGAUGAUGAGGAUGGACGGGCGCUGCUGGAGGCGAAGGUUAAGGAGAUGGAGGAGAGAUUUAAGGGCGUUGAGGAUAUUCCUCUGCCGCCAUUUUGGGGUGGUGUGAGGCUUGUACCGGAGUCUGUGGAAUUCUGGCAGGGGCGUCGCAGUCGUUUGCAUGAUCGGUUCCGGUAUGUGCGUGUUGGGGGUGAGGUAGAGGGUGAGGGUGCCAAGUGGCAGGUUCAGAGGCUGUCGCCUUAUAUUUUAGCCACAGCCAUGUCCACUUCAACGCCCCAAUCAACCGCUCAAUCCUCCAAAUCCCCCUGGAUCAUCCUCGCAAUAACGAGCGGCGCGUUCGCUGCAUUGAAUGGUGUUUUCGCGAAAUUAACCACGGACGACCACACGACGGCUUUCGCGACAGCUAUCGCCCACCUAUUCGGCUUGGAGUCUUCGCCUGUGAUUGAAAUGCUUACUCGAGGUGCCUGUCUCGGCCUUAACGUCGUCUGCAACAUUAUAAUGUGGGCACUUUUCACACGCGCGCUAACAGCCGGCCCGUCGACGGUUAAAGUCUCCAUCACGAAUACGGCGUCAAAUUUCUUGGCAACGGCGCUGUUUGGUAUGAUUGUGUUUCAGGAGGCUGUUGGUGGACUGUGGUGGUUGGGGGCUGGCAUGAUGGGUGCUGGGUGUAUUUUGGUUGGAAUGAGAGAAGGAGCUUAG